CACCAAGGGACGCCUUAAAAAGGAAUGUCUGUCAGAUGAUGGAUAACAAAGAUCCUGAUUUCAGACUCGUAGAGAGUUAAUAACGCGAGAUGGACCUUUUUUUAAUGUUUCGCUCGUGACUAAAUUCAGUACAGCAAUGACUGGAAUAGUGGACUCCUGUCCAAAGAACCUGACAGAAACAUUGAUAGCAUCAGCUGGACUGGGCUGUGGUAAAGACAAGUAUGGUAACAAUCAGUACUUAUGUCUCCCAAACUCAAAAAAGACGGGUCUGGUAGAAUUCUGUCACGAUGGAGUCAUGGGGAUAUUGGAGAGAGGUUAUUGUUUGGAGACCACUGGCGAUAAACUAUCAGAAACUAACUGCUCACAUUUCCUAAUGGGCUGUCCAGAUACAGAAGUCCACAUCAACGAAAUGUACAGAUAUCCCGCCUGUUUAAGAAUUAGUACAGAGUAUCAAUGUUAUCUUGCUGAUCCGUCCUGUGGAAAUACCACAUGGGAUACAAUUACCAAAGACACAGCAGAGACACUGGUUACCCAAGGAUUCUCCACAGACAAUGGCGUGUAUAAUAUAACAGAAACGAUUAUUCAAACAACCACAUUGGCAGAUAAUAACUCAGCAUUAAUUGGGGCAAUCGUGGGAAGUCUGGCAGUUGUGUUAGUCGCUAUUCUUCUACUUUUGACUGUAUUUAUAGUUUUACGAAGAAGAAAACUGAGACAAGAAAAAGGAAAAGCUGAAGUUAUAGAAGACGAAAAGGAAGUCUUAUUGAAACUGUUACCAACAAUGGACAUCAGACAAGGAACUAUAGAGAUACCAAAAACGGUCGUCAAUGGAGAUUCAGCGGAUAGUGAAGAUCCAGCGGAUAAUGAGGAUGUUGUCAUACAAGAUGAUGACCGCGAUAGUAUUGAUAGUAAUAUACUCUCUUCCUUGUAUGUUGGCGAUUACAGCGCGUGGAAGACAGACAUAUCAGAUCUGUUCUCAACACUGACUGAUGACGAGGUGUCCGUGUUAUUCUGUUUUCUGUGUUCUGACUCCGGUCCUCCUGACUUCACUGACACAGAGUGGCUGGACUUGCUUAAUGAGAUACGACGGUACCAUAAACAGAAUCCUGUAACACGUGAGAAAGCACAGCAGACUCUGGACGGACUGAAGUCACGUGAUUAUCUUUGGGAAGAUAAGGAUAAGAUCACGGAGGACACAAAGAAUGAGACAAUGUAUAGGAUAGCGUUAAUAAACGAAAAUAUACCAUUCCUUUACAGUAGUUAUGACACAGCCAGUGUGUACCUGAGAUCACAGAGAUACAACAGAAAACCUGGAGAGAAGUGUGUCUGUGGUUCUGGUGAAUUACUGAUACACCGUCUACAGAUGAACAUACUGACUCACGUCACCAUGGAGGACACGUAUAUAUAUGAUGAGAUACAGCAGAUAUUAAAUGUUUCAAACCAAAUACUAAAGAAGAGUGGAGAUAAAAGAAAAGAAUUUCUAGUUGAUCUAAGAAAAGGAGGGGAGGCUGUACAUUACAGAGGAAGAUCACAUAACAGUGUAGAUCACGUGACCUGGCUCUGGAGAUGCAGGAGACCUGACGUCGUAAGAUCCUGUAUAGGUCUACAUCCACACAAUGAUAUUUACAUCAUAGACAGCAAAGCUUACAGAAAACCAAGUGAACACCAUAAGUAUUCAUCAAAUGUCCGAUGUCUACUGUACUGCUUACUGUUAACUGAGAAAUAUCAGUUGAAUAUUAAUGGACAAUCACACAGGAUCAUAAGGGACAAAAUCAGACAGAGGUAUUUCCCUGAUAUUACUGAUGACGGCUCGGUAAAACUUCCUGAAGAAAUCACAGAAACACGUGACGGUGUAAUAACCUUUAUAGUCGACAUCCGACAUGACGUCAUGUACGCCUUUGUUACGGAGUGUCUGGUGGAGGACAGUGAUCUGGAGUUUUUCCUGACCAUGGCGUCACGUGACGUGAUAUCAGAAUACUGCCGGUCCUGGGAGUAUAAGAGUAGUGAGGGAGAGAGAUGUCUGUAUGUACCGGACAGACCAGAGAAGAUGUACGACCUCUUCAUGGACAAACUACAGCUGGACAUCAUCACACACUGUACCGUGUCUGACUGGGGGAUUCAUGUCAGGAUCAGUAAAAAGUUGGGAGUCCCUAUAGAAGUACUACAAUGGGACCAGGAGGCCAGAGAGCGGUAUGUGGAGUACGCUAAGAGAGGAACGCAGACAGUCCACCACGCCCGGGGGAUGAUUGUAGGAUGUGCUGGGGCGGGGAAAACCACGCUACUUAAACGUCUUCUUGGUUGUAGUGAAGAAGAGAUCAAGAAAAUAAAAUCCACUGAGGGAUUGGAGGUGCAUGAGGAAAUAUUUGAACUCUGUGAGGAAACAAGAUCAUUAAAAGCAAAGAAAAGCCAGGAUAACAUUGAGCAAGUAAAUACUACAAAUGUUGACGCAAAGUCCUUGACAUUCUUCGACUUUGGAGGACAGUGUGCGUACUACGCCUGUCACCAGAUUUACCUGACCAGGAGAGCUUUCUAUGUUGUGGUUGUUGACGCCUCUAAACGUCUUGACCAGAAGGUAGAUAAAGAAGUGUGCGAUCAAGAUGGUAGUGUAUUCUGUGGAUGGACCUAUGGAGACUACUUUGUGUUCUGGAUCAAGUCUAUACAUACCUACUGUGGUUCUGACAACCAGAUAGAUACAAAACCCAUAGUUCUAAUUGUCGCAACACAUUGGAAAGAAGAAAUCAGAAAGUUUAGGGAUACAAAUGAACUGAUUGAGAGCUUGCGCCAACAGUUUCCAAAGACAUCUAAUUUACCACAGUACAUCACAGACAAUAACGUGUAUUGUGUAGAAUUUACUUUACCUAUCCAUGAUCUGGAAACUUGCUUCUAUAACAUAGCUUCUAAUCAACGAUGGAGAGAAAGCAUUCCAAAAGAAUGGUCUUUCUUUGGAUUAGAAAUUAACCAGAGAAAACAUUUUGAGCGGAUCUUGAAGAUUCCAGAAAUAACAACGGAAGUACCAGAGAUUACUACUAAAGAACAGGAUGAUUCAGAUAAAGCUGAAAAAGGGACACAAGACAUGCUGAGGUAUUAUCAUGAUGCCGGAAAAGCUUUAUAUUUUAAUGAAGAGGGUCUGAAUGAGGAAGUGAUCAUUGACGUCCAAUGGUUUAUUGACGCCUUCAAACAUAUAAUAACAGACAGACUACAUUUCAGAGGCAUUCCUGUGAUCCAAGGGGACUGGGAUGAAUAUUACGAGACUGGAAAUUUGAAAGAUCGGGUUCUUAUCGAAAUUUGGAAACAUAAAGAUGAAGAGUUGUUUGAAAAGCUGAAGGAAGAAGGCCAAAUUUAUGGAACUAAUUACGGAUAUAAGAACGAUAAACGAUGUCUGCAAUGUCAUAAGAAAUCACUCCUUGGUUUUAUGCAAAGACUUGGUUUACUGGCCCUUGGAACAGAUUCCCACUAUGUUCCAUGUAUGAACAGGAAAGAAGUGGAGUGUAAUCUUUCAAAUCUGAUUAACAAUUCGCAUAGUAAAUCUUCAGUCCUUAUUUAUCUAUUCAACUUUUUACCAUUUUUCUUGUUUUAUCGCCUCAUUGUUCAUUGUAUGCAGGAAGAUGAUUGGAAUAUUAUACCAUAUCAAGGUAUAUCUUGCCUUUACAAAAACGCUGCUUUGUUUUCUUGUUUGGAAAACACUUUUCUUUUAUCUGUCACAGAAGAGUCUAUACAACUUCAGGUAUUCUGUCUGAUGCCAGGAUGUGGUUUGGAAAGGGCAAAAACGUGCAAGAUUCAAGAGAGAAUUGAAGUCCUAAUAAAUAACUUAGCUGGAACGUUUCAUAGAAAAAUACAGUUUGAAAGAGGCUUCCGGUGUCGAAUAGAUGAAGAAAAAAUGAUUGCUGUUGAUAUCAAAGGACAUUUCUUACCAGAAAAAAAUUACUUUACAAAAGAAGACUGUACAAUAAUGUGCCCAUUGCAUACAAUUUCAGAUCAGCAUGUCAUUGAUACAGCUGAAUUUACUAGAUAUUGGAAAUUGGAAAGAGAAACCAUACCUUAAGUUUUCAGAAAGAUAGAAUAUUUUUAAAUUGAAUUUUAAAUGAUGGCUUAUAAUAUUUUAAGUAACUUGUACAUGUACCGACAGCUCAUUUCACCUAUUGGGAUCGUAGUUUUAUGGCCCCUCGGCGUAAUUUAAAAGAAAGGAUUAUGUGGAAAUCCUCCUUAUAUCUUUGUUCGUCAUUUUUUUCUGUCUGUCGUGUGAUUUUUUUAAAAUGUCCGGCUUCUUCAGAAAAAUCAGAAAAAAACCUUACAAAUGUUGGUACAUAGCAUCAUUACGCAAAGGGCAAUGAAAAGGAACCAUAUCUAAGAUUGGAAUAUUUAAUGAUGUUUUUUAUAUAUAUUUUAUAAAACUCUCUUCUUAAUAACUGCUGCACCAAAAAUACUAACUUAAAAUAUGUGUACAUGCACCUUUAAGUUACGUAUGUACAUAAAAUUUUAUCGAUGUCAGCUUUCAAUAAUCAGAUUUACCCACACAGAUAUGUAAUAAAUUACGAAUAUAUGUACAAACAAAAAUAAACAAUGGCAACCGUCGAACAUAAGAUGGUAUAUUAGAGGGUUUAUGAGUGUAUAUACAUAGAUCAUGUAGAUGUAUACAUGUAAAAAAUAUAAAUAAAAAAUUGAACCCCAAU